AUGACUUUGAUCGUUAAAGGAAGGAUUUUACCAGUACUAGCCGUGCGCACCUUUCCAUUUAUGACACAGACUAUUUCUCCGACUAGACUUGAAUUUGAUUCAUAUUCGAUCCUCGAAAAAUUCGUUCUUGAUUUAGCUGACCCCAUGGUAAUACCUGGCGUUACACUUUUUUUUACUUAUCCAUGGAUUCAUAACAUUGGUCAUUCGCUCUUUGAUGCACUAUACCCUGCCUAUGCUGCACUAAUUCGUUUUCCACCUCGACAUCUUCGUCCCUUUCGUCUACUUUGUGCAAUAGAUAAUUGCGAAGGUUGCUCACAGGGAGAUAUAUUCAAUCGAUUUGCCGGUCUCGGUAUCAUUAAGCACUAUAUUCUAAAUAACAUGUCAAUUGGAAGCUGGUUUGUUUUCGAUGAACUUGUCAUGGGUAGUGGCAUGAUGUGCCAGCGUUGUACACAACCAAAUCUACAACUGCCCGGAGGGGUUGAAUUGGAUGGUUCUAGACUCUUUCGUGAUCGAAUGUAUGUCCAGCAUGGAAUUAUUCCACCGACUAGACGACGCAAGCAUUCCGCAGAAGGUCGAAAUCGACAAGAUGUACUACGUGCUUAUAUAAUUGAUAAUAAACGAUACACCGAACCUGAUAGGAAAGAAAUAGAUGCUGCGAUAUACGAAAUUAAUAACUAUACUAUUAUGCAUCAGAAUGAAGGCAUAAUUGAAAUCAGCAAACUAGACGGGCCACUGAUUAAUGUUUCAUAUUUAUAUUAUAACCGAAUCAAACCUCGAGAAAGAAAAUCCUCUCGAUUCAAUGCCCCUAAAAUAGAUGCUAGAUCACCAACUCACGAAUUGACAGAAAAUUAUUUUAUGACCCAGUUACGAUUAAUGCGCACGAUGGAUAUCCAUGUCACAGGUCCAGGCACAGGUUCGAUGUAUCAAACAUUUCUGCCGGACGGAUCAGUGGUCGUUAAUGUCGGUGGCUUAGAACCAUUGACACCGGAAGACGGAAAUAUAACGUAUACAACAUACAUGGAACAGUAUAUGACAUCUGGUGCACCUUAUUUGAAGGGUCUCUAUUACCCGAUUAAUGAAAGACCCAAAGGAAUAAAAAGAGAAACAUUGGUAAAACUCAUUCGGGAAGCAGCUAAACUCAUUAUGAACGGCUUUUCUAUGCCGGUGAACCCGAUAGAAAACUUGGCAUCAGAUGGAAAAUUAUUUAUUGAAAUGUGCGAAAAAGAUAAAAAAUUUUGCGAGCUCGUUACGUCGAGAGCACCAGAUACUGAUUUUGAUUGUUAUGACUUUUGGAUCGACGAUAUCAUCCAUGAACGUGGAGUAUGGAAAGAAAAACAGGGCGUUGAUGACAGUAUAGAAAUUUUAUGUCCAUUCAAUCGUACCUUGUUGCGUGAAUUGAGAGAAAAAUAUGGCAUUCAUCAUUAUGAUGUCAGUGUUAAUUAA